CACCCGAAGUGUAAAUAUAUCCUUCCCAUAUUCCCCUACCCCCAGACCGCCACCCUACCAUCUUCCGUAUGACAAAAAUCUAGCUGGCUGAUCCUUGAAAAAUCACGGAUGACUACCAAAUCACCAUCCCGUGAUUUACACUCGCUUCAUAUGCGCGUUUGACUCAGGAACUCCGACUCCUUAGAUUGUUAUUAUUAGUAGUAUAAAAAGCGACACUCUUUUAACCCCUUUACUUGCACCAUACGGUCCUCCUAUAUUUUUCUUCCUCUUCUUCACCCCCGUUGGGCUAUUUCGUUGGCUAUCAAAUUUUCCGGUGACGUAAGAAGAGAUAUGAAGAUUUUUGUGAAAACUCUUAAAGGUUCUCACUUUGAAAUCCAUGUCAAAGCUCAAGACACGGUUGCCGAUGUGAAGAAGAACAUAGAAACAGUUCAGGGUUCAGAUGUUUAUCCUGCUGGCCAGUUGAUGCUUAUCCACCAGGGAAAAGUACUUAAAGAUGGGACAACACUAGAAGAAAACAAAGUUGCUGAAAACAACUUUAUAGUAGUAAUGCUAACAAAGAGUAAGAGCUCAUCUGGAGAAAGUUCAGCAACGUCAGCUGCAGCAACAACUAAGACACCACAGUCAAGUACCCCAGCUCCUAGUUCAACUCUUGCAUCUGCAUCUGCUCAAGUCCCCGUUGCAUCGCCUGCGGCAGCUCCCUCCCCAGCGCCAGCCUUAGCUUCUGCCCCUGCUCCUGCAUCCACAGCUGUGCCAGGAUCUGAUGUCUAUGGUCAAGCUGCUUCAAGCUUGGUUGCUGGUAACAACCUUGAUGGAGCAAUUCAGCAGAUUCUUGACAUGGGUGGUGGAACGUGGGAAAGGGAGACAGUUGUUCGAGCCCUACGGGCAGCUUUUAACAAUCCCGAGAGGGCUGUCGAAUACUUGUACUCUGGUAUCCCCAAGACGGCAGAGGUACCUCCUGUUAGCGGAAGCCCACCCAGCAUGCAUGCAGGGAAUCAGCCGGCUCAGCCUCAACCUGCAGCACAUCCAGCACCUAUUCCUGCAGGCGGGCCCAAUGCAGAUCCUUUGAAUCUCUUUCCUCAGGGUCUUCCCAGUGUGGGAUCUAAUAUUGCUGGUGCGAACACCUUAGACUUUCUAAGGAACAGUCAACAGUUCCAAGCUUUACGGGCAAUGGUUCAGGCCAAUCCACAAAUUUUGCAGCCCAUGCUUCAGGAGCUAGGCAAGCAGAAUCCCCACCUAAUGAGGCUUAUACAGGAGCACCAGGCUGAUUUUCUUCGCCUUAUCAAUGAGCCUGUUGAAGGAGGAGAAGGCAACAAUAUAUUGGGCCAGCUUGCAGCCGCAAUGCCACAGGCUAUAUCCGUAACACCCGAAGAGCGUGAAGCCAUAGAACGUCUUGAGCAAAUGGGCUUUGAUCAUGACCUUGUACUGGAGGUUUUCUUUGCCUGCAACAAAAAUGAGGAGCUCGCUGCUAACUACCUUUUAGAUCACAUGCACGAGUUUGAAGAGUGAAAAUAGGGGUUGAAUGGAUAUGUUGUGUAGCUUCCUUUGCUGCCUCCCUCUCUUGGCCCCACGACAAAAAUAAGUUUCAUUUAUGUUGUGGGUUCUACGCUAUUCGAGUUCUGGAGAGGGGUGAGCUGGAAAGGCAUAACUAGUUAUCAUGUUUUUCUUUCUUCUCUUCUUCCAGUGUCGGUUUGUACCCCAUUGGGAUUGUCUUUAUACAUAGUUUGUCAGUUCUCCUCCCCCCUCCCUCCCUCCCACCCCCCCACCCCCCCACCCUCCAACCAAAAAAAAAAAAAAUCCUUCCCUUUGUGGAAACUCAACUGUUUGACCCAGGGAUAACCUUUUCAAUGUGGAUGAUCAGAAGCUAUUGUUAUUUGCAUGCAUUUCCAUUUUCAA